CAUACGCCAAGGCAAGUUCAGAUCGAAGUGAAGCAGGGAUUGUGCACCAACGAAUCUUUGUGUCAGCCUGUCUGCAGGAUUUGAGCCAACCAACCUUACGCAGUGUUGCAGAAAGCGUGCAAUUUAUCAGAAAGCUAAGCCACUUAGGAGCCCCACAUACCACAUGCUGUGCCGCAAGGCUCAGCAAACGAGCACACGAGCAAACGAUGCACAGCGCGCUCCUGUGAGACAGACCGCGACGUUCAGGACGAUGACAACAGUAUCGAAUCGUAUACUACGCUUCGCAGCUGUGGUGCUGUUGCUCAGCUUCUUUCUGCUAAUUUUCAGUUGGCAGUCCACUGCGAGUUGGCCUUCUAAGAUCACAGGAACGCUGUCGACAGAGCCCCAGAUACCACGUGUCGACCCCGGCAGCGACGAUAGAGCCAGGCAACCACGGAUAUCUUGCAAGGGCGUCAGAGGCGCUCUGAUCGAUGCUGGGAACAUUGUCGAUAUCCCUCAGGCGUCGGCGGAGCUCUCAAGCGUAGCCUUUACCGAGCCUACCUUUGGCUCGUAUAAGGCUCUCAAUCUGUCUCAAGGAUGGAUGACUUUCAAGCAGCGAUAUGGGCCGUAUGGCUACAGCAAUGCCACAGCUGCACACAGCGAGGUGGAUUGGGAUUCGGUUGACUGGGGUCAGCUACAGAGUGAUUGCGCAGAGAGCAACCGAGAGCGUUUCGGCCACCUCGAUUUCUUCGAGCCAGGUCCGCGAUUUCGUAAUGUCGGCGAUACGCAUCUACCCGAGGCCCCACGAGAGAAGACAGGACGACAAGCCAUCGUGUUGAGAACCUGGAGCACAUACGAGUACCAUCCUGAAGACCUUUGGAACCUGCGCUCCAUCAUCACCGAAGCUACUCUUGCAACAAACGCAGACUAUCAAGUUUUCCUGCUCAUCGAUCUCAAAUGUAGCGACCAGCCUGAGUGCAAAGACGUGUUCUCGAAUUACACUCGGUACAAUCAUGUCCUGGAGUCCGUACCGAAGGAGUUUCGCAGUAUAUCGGUUUUAUUUGAUGAGAGCCUGCAACGCAAUUGGUGCCCCAAAACAGAAGAGUAUCGUUCAAUGUGGCAGAUUAUGCAGCCACUUCAGCUGUUCGCCCACUUCUAUCCUGAGUUCGAUCACUACUGGCAGAUCGAAAUGGAUACACGAUUUACCGGGCAUGUUGGCAAGAUGCUACAGGGUUUCGAUAAAUUUGGCCGAGCACAACCGUAUAAGCAAGCCCGCGAGCGAGCAAGCUGGGCUUACAUGUCAAGCAUCCACGGCACAUACAGCGAGUUCUCGGCUAAGAUCAAUCAGUCCCUACACGGCGGCGCCACGAUUUGGGGACCGGACACAAUCAACAAUGUCACACCAUUCGGCUCAACACUGCCUCUCAAGCCAGAAGACGAUGACUUCCAGGUAGGCGUGGGAGCAGAUGCCGAUCUCCUUUUAUUUGGCCAGCUAAACGACGUGCGAAGAUUCGAGAAGCAAGAAGACUGGGUGUUCAAAGACUGGUACCUUGGCGGCUUUGCAGACGAUGUUCCACGAUACAUGUCUGUACCCGCACAAGCGAGGGCAUCGUACGAUCUGCUGGAAGCUGUUCAUCGCUCGCAGCAUGAAUCCGGGUUGAGGGUGCCUAGUGAGGCUACGCUGCCCAGUUGGGCUCUUUGGCUGGGCCUGAAAGUUGUUGGCAUUCCACUGCCUCUGUACCAGUACCCCGAGCGGCAACACCAUGAGCUCAAUUGGGUCAGAAAUGGAGGACUGCCUGACAGAAUGAUAGACGGCAUUGCCAAUGGCGCAGGAAACUAUCGAGGUAGUUCUCUGGCAUUCUUUACCCGCCCGGUAACGUUCGAUUGGUGGUCGUCACUGGCUGACCCUGUUUUCGAGCAUUGGAUGGGAACUUAUAAGAACAAAAGUCAGGAGAAAGACCUUGAGCAUCCUGAGUAUGCCGUGGUGCCAAACGAGCUUCCUACUUUUAUGAGAGAGUUUGAUGGAGAGGUAUACAUGCCGGAAUUGAUCAUACAUCCGCGGAAGAGUAAUUCGUACCAUGCUCCCGGCUGAACGCGACAAACACAACACUACACAUGCUCGCCAUCGUGGGAGAAACCUGCAGCUGAAGGAGUAACAUUGCCGCCUGGCGCUGGGCCGCACUUGGAGGGAACAACAGGCACGGGGUUCUGCUGGCCCAUCUGGCAUAUUGGAUCUGUGCCAGCCACAACCAAUCCAGAGCUGCACGAGGUUGGUGGACACAAGCACAGUUCCGGUGAAUGCGAUUCUCAGGCACGGGCUGACUGCUGAGCUUGGUCUCACUGCAUAGCCAGAAGUGCCAGAUGUCUGUGGCGCCUUCGCACUGGGACAUCCUAGUAUCAUCGCUGUUGCACUCCAGACAAUAGCUGAGGACUUGGUGGUCUAGAAAUUUGACACUCGUCAAUCAAUUAUCGAUCUAACAGUUACCGAUUGAAUGGAAUUGAGUUGAUCAAAUCCGAGACAAUGCCCAGCCUUCAAACUUUGGGCAGGUGCAUGACGCCACUUUCCCAAGCUUGUACAUCCAACCUU